UUUGAUGUGAACUGCUAUGAAUUUCGUUUCCAGCCCAAGGAGCCAGGAAUCUACAAGGUCAAUGUCCUAGCAGGUGGCGAACACAUAGGCGAGAUUCCGUUGCGUAUUGAAGCAAGCGAUGAGGCUCCAUCAGUUGAAGUGUUAGAUAAGGAUCUAACUCACGUCCCUCUCAGCGGCUCUCAAAUUGAUCGUGGAAUCUAUGGCUACAGUUGUUUUCCUAAAUUCUCUCCCGGCAGAAAGUAA